CACUGAUCUGCCGCUGCAUAACCCCCAAAAGGCUAACUCUGUGUGAUGCUGCUUAGGAGACAGCUAACCAAAACCCAGAGCCACUGACGGAACCAGAAAGUGGGACUCCAGAACAAACUGACAGCCCUAACAGUCCACUUACAGAAGAGGAGACUAACCUAGAAGACAGUCCAGUUAUGAACUUCUUCAAAAAUUUAAUGCCAUCCAAUAAAACGUCCAAAAAGGAAACUCCUGAAGUCUCAAAGGAUCAGAGGCAGAGGGAGAACCAGGCAGCGCCAACCACCACUGUUGUACAAGUGUCUGAUCCAGCUGCCGCCUCCAAAGGAAUGGUGAUCCCGCCACCUCCUCCUCCUCCAGAGCUUCCAAAACUGGAAGUCAGAGCAGAGCCCAGUGCCAAACCCACCACCUCAAAAGAGAAAACAAAAGCUGCAGCUAAGGGUGCAGACUCUUUGAAAGGGAAGUCAACCAAAGACGUUCUCAGCAAAUUCUUCCAUCUACAGACUAACAACGAGACACAACUGCAAGAAAUACAAGCUGAUGUCUAUCCAAUUGUAGAAAAAGAGGACACUCCAGUGAAUGUGCCAGAAGCAGUUGUAGAGGUGAAGGCUGACCAACCUCAGCAGACACCAGAAGAGGCAACACAGAUGGUUGUAGACGAGAAGUUCACUGCACAGGGACCGCAACCAGAGGUAGAAAGCAAGAAGGUAGAUCCUUGUAAAGCUGGGACUCUGGAGGCCGCUGCCAAGCCAGAACCGCCAGCUCCGGUUCACGAGGAGAAGAAAACACCAUCAAAGUCACCCUUCUUCUCUUUGUUCAAGCCUAAAGCUAGUGACCCCAAGAAGGCGAACCCUGCCCCCGUCAAAGCAGCUGAUGCACUUCCCACAGUAAAGCCCAAAGAGGAACCCAAAGCAGCAGUCAAGUCUUGCGAGGUGAUCAUAGACGACAAAGUGGCCUCGGCGGGCCCCAAAGCUGUCGGCAGUCCUGCCAAUGCGGCCCGGAAGUUAGAGAAGAGGAACUCCAUUCAGCUCUUUUUGAAACAUCUGGGCCAGAAACGUCACUCGACAGAUGCCGGGGUCCAGACCGAGCCAGUGACCGUGGCUCCAGCAACCAAAUGAAUGCAGAAUCAACAAUGAAGUUCUUCUGUAUAUACUCCUCUCUGUCUUUAUUUUUCUCUCUGGCUAAUGAAAAAUCACAUUAAUAAUUGCUUGUUUUUGUCCAGUUAGCAGGUUAAAGGUCAAUACAUCGUGGGGGGAAAAACAAAAUUGAACAUGAACAGAAUGCAAGUACUGUAGUUGAAGGCAGAGAUUUUAAAUGUUCCACUUACCGACAAUGUGGAUGUUCACUUUUGGUCAAAUUAUGGCCUUGACUCGUGAAAUGGAAUUAGCGCUAGCUUUGUUUGCACUAACAAAGACCUUUUACAGGAUCCACUAUCACACUUUGCUUUUUGCUUCUUGGUGGCAAACUGUUUGUUGUUAUUGUCAACGUAAAUUUGUAGGCUCUUGACAAACUAGAUUGCACUUAAAGAUAUGUUGUGUUUAUGUAAGCUGUUCAUAGAUAGUGCACUGUUGCAAUAAAUCACAAUUGUUACUAUGUCUGGAAAUAAUGGUAAAUGAAAUAAAUAUGAAUACAUGAAUAAAAAUUAGCAAAUUCGCGUGGGAAUAAAAUACAAAUUGUAACUGAUACCAUACUCAAUAUGAUGUUGCCUUUUUGUCAACUGUCAAUUAAUGAGUGUCUUGUGGCAUUUUUUUUAGGGGGGCAAAUACUGGUCUGCUUUUGUUUGCUUUUGUUUGUCUGUUUACUUGUAACUUC